ACAAUCACAUAGAAUGAGUCAAAUAAUAUGGUAUCAAGAAAAAUCACAAAUGAAUGCAUAAGAAGAGCAUGUACAAUUAUUUUGGACCAAUCAGGAACAAGAUUUAUCAUAUUUGCUCAGAUGCAGUAAUAUUGUCUUUAUCCAGUGAGAAUGGCAUUGAUCUAAGUUCUUAGUUUGGAUUUAACUUCCGUAUAUCCGGGCACCUGCUUCAGUCAUGACGUCAUCGUUCCACCCCAUGUGAAAAAUAUUGAACAAAUUUCAAGAUGCUUAUUAGAGAAUUUCGUGUUGUGCUGCCCAUGACGGUGGAAGAGUACCAAGUUGCUCAGUUAUACUCAGUAGCAGAAGCCAGCAAAAACGAGACUGGAGGUGGAGAGGGAAUAGAAGUUAAAGAAAAUAACCCAUUUACAGGCGAUCCAGAUCCAAAAGACACUGGACCUCUAGGUCCAUAUGAUGAAUCAAAAACUUACACUUCGGGGCAAUUCACACAUAAAAUUUACCAUCUACAAAGUAAAGUACCAAAAUGGAUUUCCCUCUUGGCACCAAAAGGAUCACUAGAUAUAGUAGAAAAAGCCUGGAAUGCUUAUCCUUAUUGCAGAACAAUAAUAAGUAACCCAGAUUAUAUGAAAGGUGGCUUUGAGAUAAAAAUAGAAACAAUACAUUUACCAGAUAGGGGAGAAACUGAAAAUGCGCAUGGACUGCCUCCCGAUAUCCUGAAGAAGAGAGAAGUGAAAUUAAUUGAUAUCGCUAACGAUCAUAUAGAUUCAAAGGAUUAUAAAAAAGAAGAAGAUCCUGCCAUAUAUAAAUCAGAAAAAACUGGUCGUGGUCCACUGACUAAAGAUUGGAUUAAAACUGUGUCACCUGUCAUGUGUGCAUAUAAACUAGUGACUGUACAGUUUGUAUGGUUUGGCCUACAAGGAAGAGUAGAGAGCUUUAUACAAAAGCAAGAAAAACGUAUCUUCACAAAUUUCCAUAGACAAGUGUUUUGUUGGACUGAUGGUUGGUAUGGCCUAACAAUGGAAGACAUUAGAGCCCUAGAAGAUAAAACCAAGGACGAAUUAGAUAAGGCUAUAAAGGAAGGAGCAGUUAAAGGAACUAAGGCAGAUUAACCCCAAGCACACCCUAGUGACUCAUUUCUCUCUUAGAUGGCAACAUAUUAUAUAUAUUUAUGCAAACUGAAAUUAUUACCUUGGGAUUAUGAUUGCAGUUUACAAGCGUCACAUAAUAUACCUGUAUAGGUGGUCAUGUGUUCGAUUCCAUGUGUUCGAUCUAAGAUGGUUGAUAUCCUGUAUUUUGCAUACAGGACAUUAAAAAAAAUUUAAAACCAUCGAAUAAUGAAAAGUUCAAAAUUAAUGAAUAGACCAAAAACCAAUAUACAAGAACUGAAAUCAUAUUUAAUAAUCACAUUGUCUUGUUUGAAAAAAACGCUGAAUCUUGGUGAAUAUGAACCACAGACUUGACCAAUCAGGAGUGUCAUUGCCAUCAGACAAUGCGUGAUUUUUCUCCAGCCAUUUUACCAAAAUUCACCAUUUCAAAGAAAUUAGCGAUCUGUUGCAAUUGAAUUUGAAAUUUAUGACCACCUUUGACAGUGUAGACAUUUUUGUGAUUAUAU